UGUGACGGAUUUUGAUAGUUUUUGUACGUUAUUCAGGUAGUUGGAGUACAUCAAUUAUAGGGCUUGAAUUAUAAUUAGUUAAUUUUUUCGUUGGACGUUCAUUUUCUAAAUCCACCUGUGAAUCCGGCGUUAGUAAAUAUGCCACUCUAUUCGUUAGGAAUGAUGUCGACUACUUUGGGAAAUUUUACAGGAAAAGAAGCUUUGAGAUAUUUUGAUGAAUUAGAAUUAAGGGCAAAAUUAGAAGGAUGGAGUGAGGACAAAACCCUCACUCUAUUGAAACUAAAAUUAGAAGGCGAAGCAUACAUCUAUUUUAAAUCAGAUAUCACUUUAAAUUCAUUGACUUAUGCAGAAUUAAAAUUAAGAUUAAUUCAAAAAUUUACUUCACAAAAAUUGCCGGGGGAAUGUCAGUGGAAUUUGAGUGGAUGUAUGCAGGGACAGGAUGAGGAUGUAUCUUCAUUUUGUAUCAGAUUAAGAACAAUAGGUGCGGAAUUAUUAACUGAAGAUUUGGUCGGAGCGACGAAAGAGGAAGAAUUGGGUAUAAGAAAGAUAAAUAGGAAUUUGAUUUUAAAUCAAUUUAAAAUGGGACUUCGAAAAGAUAUUAUGAAGGAGGUUGGUAUGUUUUUGUUACUAGAAAAAAACUUGGAUUUAGAAAAAGCGGAAGAAUUGGUAAAACUACAUGAAAUGAAAAAUAAAAUUAUUCAGGAAUACAGGUCAUUUAAUUCACAAAUAUCGGUAAUUGAAUCUGAAAUAACUUGCCAAUUAUGCGAGAAGAAGGGACAUAUCGCGAAAAAUUGUAGGAGUACUGGAUUAAAUUGGGGAAAAAGAGGACAAAACGUCGAGAGGAUUUGUUUUUCGUGUGGUCAAUUAGGUCAUUUCGCAAGGGAAUGUAGGAAUGUAAGAGCUAUACAUAAAACUCAAGGAGUGCGAAAUAUCGAUAAUCAGCCGGGGCGCUGGGUAAAGGAAUGUGCCAUGAACGAUCGUGAGAUAGAACCAGGAAGACGAAAGGAUUUUGACAUUGGGACGAUACAUAUUAAUAGAGAUGUUUUACGAAGAAUAAAUUUGCCAUUUGAAAAGAGGAAAAAAACUAUAGAGAUGAGACAGGAAGUUGAGUCAUGUAAUCAGGGAUCAAGUAAUGAGGGAUCAUGGGGAAAAUUUAAAGAGAAUCGCGUAAAUCGAAUUAGGUCGGAGAAACUAAGCGAGAAAGAGAAAUUGCCGGUAAAGACGUGUUAUAAGGAGGUCGGUACUCAAACGGAAAAUCACGAGGAGAAAAGAAAUUUAGUGAUGAGGGAUAUUGGUAUUCAAGUAGAAAAUAUAGCGGAAUUUGAAACAAAGGGUUUUUCAAAACGAGAAGGGAUAAAUCAGUCAAAUAGAGAUAUUGAAGAAAUAAGGGUUAACGAAGCGAUAGGGAUGACAGAAAAAGAUGAGAGGAAAAUCCGUGGAAAAGGAAAAAUUUCGAAGCAAAAUAUUACAAGUACGAAAUCUUGGGAAUUAACUGAACCAAUAAAAAAGGUAAAAUCUUAUAGGGUUGAGAAAUUUGACAAAAAUACAGUGGUUCCUCAAUUUGAUGUAGGGGAAUUAGUUUAUUAAAAAAAAAUGUCGGAGAAAAAGGGUAUAUCAAGAAAAUUAAUGGAACUUUGGGUAGGACCUUGUAGGAUCGUGGAAUUGCUUGGUCCGAUGACCUAUAGAAUUAGGAAAUGUGGGGGUAGAGAGGAACAAAUCGUUCAUGUAGAUAGGUUAAAAUCGUAUACCGCGAGAAAUCGAGAGCUUGGGAUAGAUAUAGAAGAAUCCGACGGUUCGGAAAAAUUAGACACGGACGGUAGCGAGACCGAAUCUGAUGAUGAACAGAUUGAGAUACGAAAAUUUUCGCCGAUGAGGAUGAAUAUGAGGUUCAAUCGAGCGCAAUUUGAAAAUGAGGAAGUAGAGGAGGAUGAAAUCCCUCUACGUAGAUCGACUAGGAUACGACGUCCGCCAGAUCGAUGGGGAUGGGACUAACGGAUAAGUGUAUCGAUAAAUCCAUUGUAAUGUAGAUUAGUGACAUUUUGGUAAAUAUUGCGUGAGUUGAUGAUUUAUGGAUAUUUAUUUAUUUUAUUUUGGAAAUUACGACGAUUGUGUAAAAUAUUGAUAAUAUUGGUGAAUUUUGAUGAAUCGUUUAUUUUUUCAUAUUAGGGAAAUAUAGCGAAAUGGCAGUAGAAAUUUUUUUUUAGAACAGUUGGACUUUGAAAUAGUUGAGGAAAUCUAUGAAGUAAUUUAGAUAUUAUGAAUUUGUUUGAGGAUUUAAUUUAUGGAAUCAAGACACUAAAGGUGCUGAGUAAUGAUGAUAAUUUUUUUAUUUUGGAUUUAUGACGUAUUUUCAAUAAAAGUUUUGUACGAGGAAACAUUAGUGGCUUUUUCAUUUUAGGAUUUUAUUGAGAUGAUUCUUAAUAUGAUUAUUUGAGUUUUGGGAGGAGUUGACUUUCGGAAAAAGAAUGAGGACUUAUGGUGUUUUUUUUUUCUUUUGACAUGUGAAGAUUUGAAGUAAAUUAAUAUUAUGAUUUUGAUCCUUGGGGAAGGAGUCAGAAUAUACAUUUCGAAUUAUGAGGAUAGUUUCAGUUUUUGAGAAACAGAUCUAAUUAUUGUUGAAUUAUGUGGAUUUAUUGUAGAGGAGUGGAAGUAAGGAUAUUCAGUAAAUAAUUAGUAGAAGUGAAGUAUAUAGAGUUGUCAAAUUCACGUUGAUUUAUUUUGUUUUUUAAUUCCAUUCGUAUUUAUAAUGAGGUGAAAGAUAAUAAGUAAUAAAGAUAAGUCUGGAGUUGGAAGUGUGCAGAUAAGAUAAUUAAUUUUUUUUUAUUUUUGGAUGAUACAAAACCCAAUUUGUUUUUACAUUUUUUGAAAUUUUGGGUAACGUGGGACAAAACUUAGAUAUAUGUCCUCAGGGAAAUUGAAUCGCCCCUGCCCUAUACGUGAGAUUCAAGGGUCGCUCUCAACUUUAAGGAGUAGCCACCUAUUUUUGGGUAUCGUGGG